GCUCUUCCAAAAUUCUCAAAAAAUGCCACAUUUUUACCUAAAAUUUUUAUUUCCCUUAAUUUUACUAAAUCUAUCCCCCUUACUUAUAAAAAGCGAUCUAUGUAAAUUUCCAACGGCAAAGGGGAACCAAACUGUUGAUGAGACUAUACCCCUAACUAAAGACAAAGAUUUUGGAUUUAUCCGUCUGAUAGCUUCCCCAAAGUUGGGAAGCUGUACAAUUGACUUUAGUAAGAAAAUGUCGCCAAUAUUAUGGUUAUCUAAUGGGGUGACUGUUAGUAAUUUAAUUAUUGGAACUGAAUCAUCUUCGGGCAUUUGGUGUAGUGGAAGUUGUACUUUGAAGAAUGUCUAUUUUGAACGUGUUUGUACUCACGCCGCAGCUUUCAAUGCAACAACAGACUUUACAAAAACUGAUAGACGUUCAUUUACUUACACAGUUGAGGGGGGUGCUGGACUCCACGCUUUGGAUAAAAUGUUUGUACAGUCUGGCCCCGGAAAGACAAUAAUUAAUAAUUUUUGUGGGGAUGGAUUUCAAAAAGUUUGGCGGUCGUGUGGGACUUGUAAUGAUGAAGUGAGUCAAAAUUCUAAACAAAGAACUGUUUUUAUAACAAAUUCAAAUUUUACUGGAAAAGGACACGUAAUUGCAUCCGGAAAUGCUCCAUAUAACGACAAAGUUUCUUUCAAUAAUGUCAAAAUAUUUGGUUAUAAAAAUCGUUCAACAAGAGUUGUUUAUGCCUGUGGAGAAGUUAGACCAGAAAUAAGUGAAGAUCAUUUAGAUACAGGAGCUUCAAAUUGGUAUUUACCUGGGCAUGCAGGCACAGGACCUGUUUGUAAUUAUCCAGCUUCGGCAGUUAAAAUUGUUAAUUAACUAAACUUGAUAUUUAGGAUAUAAUUAAUGUUAUUUUUGUGAAUAAAGUUAUAAGUAUAGUUGUUAUUAAAUAAAUUAAAAAGCAACUGUUUGUGACUUUUAGACGAUGGAGACACAUUAACUGUGAACCUGAGGUGGGUCGGAACAGUCAGAGGUGUCGGAAGAGCUGAAAUAGGAACUGGCUUAAAAGUAGGAACUCGGAAAAAUCGGAAGUCGGAAUUGUGAAAAAAACCUCUGCUCUGAACAUGCGUGAGUAUUAAUUUUAUACCAUAUCGUUCCAUAUAGCCAAUUUUUGGCUUUUUUGCUCUAAUAUUGAAAGUA